AUGGAUUCCGAAAAUCAUGGCUGGGACGAGGACGGCGGCAGCUAUUCAGACAGCAGUGAGCCCGAUCUCGACGGCCUGAACCUCACGGAGACAGACGAUGUUCUUGUUAUCGGCAUCGACUUCGGAACUACGUUUUCCGGAGUCGCAUACGCAACGGAGAGUGAGUUCCUCGCAAAGAACAUUAGUGUGAUCAGCGAAUGGCCAGGCUGCGGCCGUGAUGAGGGCAAAGCCCCGACUGAGCUCUUGUAUGAACAUGAAAAAAGCUGGUGGGGUUAUGAUCUCCCCGACGUGGGCGAUCCUAUCCGCUGGUUUAAGCUUCUCCUCUUAAACAAUGAGGAUCUCCAAGAAGGUGUCAAGUCGUCUGCGUUCUACCUUACGGCAAAAGAAAAGGUCCGGAGGGAGAACCGGAAGCCGGUCGAUCUGGUUGCUGACUACCUACGGUUCCAAUGGAAGCAUGCAUUGGAAGUGAUUGAAAAAUCCCGGGGAGACCAGUUUCUACCUUCCUUAAGGUUUCACGUUGUGAUCACGGUACCCGCAAUCUGGAAGGGAUACGCUAGACAAAGCAUGCAGGAAGCAGCGGAAAAGGCAGGGAUAUUGGCACCUCGAGAUAUCGGCAAGACUAGGCUUAGCUUUGUCCUUGAACCGGAGGCGGCUGCGAUGGCGACUCUUACUGAUCCGGAACACCAGAAUUUGGUUAAACCCGGCAAGACGUGGCUUAUCUUGGAUGCAGGGGGUGGAACAGUUGAUCUCAUCAGCUACAAAAUUACAUCGACGAACCCAAUUACAAUGGAUGAGGCCGUUGAGGGAACAGGGGCCCUAUGUGGCGGUGUAUUGAUUGACGAAUGCUUCCAGCAAUUGUGCAAGAAUCGACUCGGUCGACGCUGGACGCAUCUCAGCCCUAAUGGCAUCAAAGAGAUCAUGGGCGAUAAGUGGGAAAAGAACUACAAGCGCGAGUUUUUCCCAAAGCAAAGCAAAGAAGAAUACCCCGUUCCCAUCCCUGCCGAGGCUUACAAGGGCGGUGACAAAGUGUCGGACGAUUUAUCACGACUCCCCUAUAUUAAGAACGGGAGGAUCCAGUUCCGAGAACAGGACCUUAUAGAAGCCUUUGCAGAGUCAUUCGCCCGCAUUGAUGAAUUGGUUGAUGAGCAAAUCAGUAAGGCCAAACAGAGAGGUCUCACUCUCCAGGGGAUUAUCCUCGUCGGUGGGCUAGGUUCAAGCCCAUAUCUUCAUCGGCAUCUAAAAGAGAGGUACUCGAAGGCCCGACUGACCGUCAUAAAAUCAACGGGAAUGAAGCCACGAACAGCAAUUUGCCGUGGAGCAGUCUACAAAGGUUUUGCUCAAGACCAAAUCAUGGGUGCAGAGGAUGGUGACGACGAUGACUUUAAACCUCAACGUGUCGCUCCUAUUAGCGUGACCUCAACCAUCUCUCGCUACAGCCUCGGGAUGCCGCACUAUACAAAAUUCGAUCCCUCGAUACAUAGCAAGUCCGACCCGGAUUACAAGUGGCAUGCCGAAGAAGGCGCUUUUAUAAUCGAUAACCGAGUCACAUGGUAUAUUCGCAAGGGAGAGAAUGUAUCCAAGAUCGACCCGGUGCGACACUCCUGGUCACGCCUCUUGAAAAAGAGUUUCCAAGGAAGCUUCACCGAGAGACUGGUUCAAUGCGACAGCAGUAAUCCCCCUCACCGUAAGGAUGACACUGUGAAUCCCUUGUGCGAACUAAAGGUUGCCAUCGAUGUGAAUAUGUCUAAACUCGAAGACUUUACCGGCGCCGAUGGGAAAAAGCAGAACAAAGUACUAAACUAUGAUUUGGAGAUGGUCCCUACUGGGGCUUCGAUGGAGUUCAAUUUUUACAUCGGCGGAAUCAAGCAGGCUUCUCACAACAUCAAAGCCGAAUAUCAAUAG